AUGCCUCACGCAGUCAACCCAAGAGCGUUGGAACCUCACUUCCUUCGUAACGUCCUCGAUGUCCUGAUCAUCGGAGCAGGUCCAGCAGGGCUAUCAGCGGCCAUCGCGCUUGGUCGCGUCCGCAGAAGUGCGAUAGUCUUUGACUCUGGCGAUCAAAAGAAUACUUCAAACCAUCCCACGCAAAUGUCCCUUGCGAACGCCCCGCCUCCAAAACGUGACGAUAUGAUGGCCGAGCUGAAGGCCAAGUACAAGACUGUCAUUCUUGCCAGCACGGUGGCCAAGUCAGUGCGUGAAAGGGGCAUGAUCUUCGAGGUAGAAGACGCAACAGGUCGUCGCUGGAAAGGAAGAAAAGUCAUACUAGCAACGGGGAAUCGUGAUAUCAUCCCAGACAUCCCAGGCUACCAGGAGGCGUGGGGCAAAAACAUUUUUGACUGUCUCCAGUGUCAUGAAUUCGGAGAGUCCAGCAACAAGAAAGCCGCCGUAUUACUUACAUCCGACGAUGCAAACUCAAUAGAUGCAUGCAUUCGAUCUGCGUACCUCUCCCUUCAGUUCGCUCAGGAUACAACAUUCCUGAUCAAUGGUAUAUAUCAUGCCGAGCAGCAUCCCGACUUCAUUUCCGCAAGAAAGAAUGGCUUCGGGGUAAACAAUAAGCCUGUCAAGUCAUUCCGCACAACGACGCCGGGGUCACUCGUAACCGUGGAGUUUGCAGACGGGUCAACUGACUCAUAUGGGUUGAUAUUUCACAGGCCCAGGUCAGUAAUUGUAGGAAAGUCUGCGCAGCAGCUGGAUCUUGAUAUGACAUCGGCAGGGCAGAUUUUGAUUGAAGAUGAGUAUCAAGGGACCUGCAAACGAGGCGUUUUUGCAGCUGGUGAGUGUGCUACUACUCUGAAGCACGAGAGUAUGGGAGUGGGCAGUGGAAUGGUAGCUGGGAUCGGAGCAAAUUUGCAAAUAGUUGAAGAUGAUAUGAGCCUGAGUAGCUGA